AUGAUAAUUUAUCCCAUCUCAUCUAAUCCUUACGUUUUAUAUAAAUUACUGAUUAGACUUUUUUCUAAUUUUUUAGUUUGUUAUAUAUUAUCGUAUUACAGUAAAUAUCACUUAUUUCACAAUAAUUUUCAGGGAGAGUCUGACUUCUGGAGAAGAAAAAUUCGUACAUUCCAUGGGAUUUUAGAUCUCAACAAGGACGGAGUUAUAUCAUUUGAUGAUUUCAAGAUUCUUGGAGAAAGGUUCAUAAAUCUAGGACAUCUACAUUCUGAACAAAUAAAGAAAUUUCAGGAUCUUCUCCAGGAUCUUUGGGAAAAGCAGUUUGGAGAAAUCACACCCUACAAUCUAGUCACUGUAGAAAGAUAUUUAGAAAAUAUGCAUCACGUUUUAAAUGACAAGCGAUUAGUGAGGCGAGCUCAUACCUUUUUGCCAUAUAUAUUCAAGGCAAUUGAUAAAGACAAGUCAGGAGAAAUAACAGUAGAAGAAUUCAAAUUAUUCUUUGAUGUCCUGGGACUGCAAGAACAAGACGCCAUUUUAGCAUUCCGAGCAAUCGAUUCUAAUGGAGAUGGAAAAAUAACAAAGAAAGAAUUUGUCAAGCAUGGUAGAGACUUUUUUCUAACCGAAGAUGAAGAUAGGAUAAGCAAGUACUUCUGGGGACCUUUAGUAGAUCACUAAAAUAAUUCUUCAUUGAUUGACUCACUAUCUUUUAUACCAGUUAUAUUGGUAUAUAUUUUGUACCCGUAUGUAAGUGGUAACUACAUGAUUUAAUGUAAUGUACAUUUCAUGGAACACACUAAGUAAGCUUUUUGUGAAAUUUUAUACAAUUUUUGACAGCUCACAAAACAAGUAGGUAAUAUUCUUAUAGAAUUAAGUACUUUUAUGUAUUUUCUGUUUAGAGUAUUUUUUUACUCAAAUGAUAAUGAAAUGUUAAUAUAAAAAAGCAAAGCAUAAUGAAGAACAACACAAAGUUAAAAAUUACCUUGAAAUAAGAAAGGAUAAAAUCUCAUUUAUUUUACAUCCAGUUUUCUUAAAGUGGAUAUUUUAUCACAAAUAUAAUUUUAGACAAGCUCCCUAAGUAGACAAAGAUUUUCUUCAAAUGUGGAUAUAAAUGGUCAGGUUUGAUUCACUUUCAGUUUUUCAAUUUUUUUCAUUUUCAUUUGAAUCAUGCACUUUUUCAUAGAUCUAUCUCAACUUGGCUAAGUUUUAUGUAUAUACAUAUAUCCGUAUACAACUCCAAUAUUUUUUUACAGAAUAUACAGAAUGAUUAUUGUGAAAGUAAUAUUUAAAACGACUUAUAUUGCUAAAUAAAUAUUGCAAAGCAGAA